AGUACCCAGGCCUAGGCCGAAGCGGGAGGGGUGGUUUUGCGGCGGUCGGAAAGCGGGCGCGAGGGUGGCUCGCCACCCCUCAGUAGCGUGCCGGCCAUCGCCGAGGUGGCACCUCGAGCUUCUCUCGACGCUUCGUUCUCCUGACGGCGCAAAAAUUCGGCUGGGCCCAACAACGAGGGUGUUCUCCGGCUGAGGGUGGCUUUCGUACUUGUUCGGCGCGAUGCGAGGCCUCGCGUUUCGCGAGCUGCGGCCGUUUCAGGGAGCUCGACGGCUACGUCGUACGGCUCGGCGCGGCUAGACAACGUGACGACAUUCUUCGCGACGACGAUCAACAGCCCAAAAUUUCACGCAGACGCGACUUCUCGUCGGCACCGCGGUUGGCGCGCGAGAAGCCGCAGCGUAUCCGGAAGUCAAGCGCACUCGUCCAUCCCGUAGAUCCUCGUCGGAGGGCGAAAUCGAAGCCGGACCCGCUGAAAUGAGAACGGCCGCAGCUGCCGGUCACAGGGGCGAUUUACGGUAGCCUCGCAGCCCCGGACGAUCGCUUCCGCGACAAUGACAAAGCCGCAGGGCGGCCGAUAAACCCGAGCUGGGACACCGUGCGGGGAAGAUAACGCGAUCCGGCAGGAAGGUAAAUUCAUCCGAGAGGUCCGGAGAUGGCGACCAGCAGUCCCGGACAAUCGAUCCACCUCAAGUCCCCGCGGAGUCCGCGGCAGCUGCCGGCGCUGCCUCGUCUGCAGCAGACGCCGAUCCCCGAGCAGAGGAGCCCGACUCGCGGCCAGUCGUUGGCCAAGUCACCUGGUACCCCGCGGGUCUUCGAGUUCCCCUCGGAGUUCUACCCGGAGACGCCCAAUACGAGCUUCGACUUCGACGAGUUCGGGCGCGCCGGCGAGCUCGAGCAGCAGCGCGGACCCAGGAGUCCCAGUUACUACGCUCGCGCGAGCCCGCGCAGCCCGAAGACGCCGAACAGCGAGAUGCUGCACUCGCCGGGCCGCAAGUCGCCCGUCUUCCAGUUCUGCGACCCGCGCAAGAAUCUCAAGCAGACCGCGAGCUACCCGGCGUCGUCGGCGACCUCGUCGAUGGCCGACCGCGCUAGGUCGGCCAGCUCCUCCGUGUACGGGCAAAGGAGCCCGAAGCACUUCGACCGACGGCGGAACUCGUGCUUCGGCCUGGCGAGUCUCAAGAGUCCCAUGUCGCCGACGAUAGUGACGUCGAGCUCCGACGCUACCAGUCCUCAGCUGGAUCGCGGUUUGGAGCUGGAUCAGAAGAGCGUUUGCCGGGAGAUCGGCGGUUACAAGAGCAACGUCAACGUUGCCGGCAAGGCGACUUCUCUCGAGGGUUCCUUCGGCAUGCAGGAGAAGAUCGAGGGGAUCGGCGAUCGCUCGAAGAGCGCGAAGAUGGGCGGAUACUUCAACAAGAGCCAGGGAUGCUUGGACGAAGCUGGCCGAGGUAAUCGUAAGGGCUCGGACGGCUGCUCGAAACGUGGCAGGGCCGACAAGAACAUGUCCAGGAGGUCGACCAGCGAUCUGACGGAUAUGGGAGACGCUGAGACUGAGAUUACUCUGCUAUCCAGCCCCAGGAGAAGAGGUUCCAUGAAGGGCGGCCUCGCCUACCUGGCGUCGAGACGCGGCUCCCGCGACAGUCAGUGCUCCAACAUGUCCAACGUCAGCAACGAGGAAGUCGGCCCGUUGAAUUUCAGCGGCCAUCCGCGGGGACGGCAACGGAGGACCUCGAAUUUCCUCGAGCUGCCGGUGCCAGACCACAUAAGACCCCGCGUGCACAGUCUACCGGAAAAGGCAUACAAUCCCAGGGCCAGCGACGACCUGUACAGACUCCGGGCGUUCAGUAUUACUCACAAGGGGGUCGUGAAUCGGGGCGAUUCCAUUAUUUCCCGGCGUAGCAGAAGCAACACCUCUGUCAACAGCAGCAGGAACAGCAACGUCUCGGGCGAGAGAUCGCCGUUCGAGGGCUCCUGCUGCAGCGGACAAGGCGCUAGCACUGAAAGUGACAUCGAGGAAAUUUCGAAAUACAGGGUUGUCUUGCUGGGAGAUUCCGGAGUGGGAAAGACGGCACUGGUCUCGCAGUUCAUGACGAGUGAAUAUAUGAACACGUACGACGCUAGUCUAGGCCUUUGUCUUCAUGUUACAGACGACGAGUUCGGCGAGAAGACUGUCUCCAUCUUGUUGGAUGGCGAGGAAUCGGAAAUGGUAUUCAUCGAUCACCCGCACGUGGAAAUGAGUGUGGAAAACUCUUUGUCGACGUACGAGCCACACGCUUGCAUCGUGGUUUACUCGAUCGUUUCGCGCACGAGCUUCCAAGUGGCCGAGGAGAUACUAAACUACUUGUGGCGAGAACAUUACACCCAGGAACGAUCGGUCAUCGUCGUCGCCAACAAGUCUGAUCUCGCCAGAAGCCGGAUAAUUUCGGCAAAUGAGGGCAAGCAUUUGGCGACGUCGCACGAGUGUAAGUUCAUCGAGACGUCCAGCGGGAUUCAGCACAACGUGGACGAACUUCUGGUGGGGAUUCUCAAGCAGAUCCGGCUGAGGGAGACGCGCGACAAGAAGCUUCUGCGCCAGGGCAGCAAGGGCAAGCUGCUGUCGAAGCUGCACAACAGCAAAACCGUGCUGAGUCUGAACCUGGCUCGAGAAAUCCUCAAUAAGAUGUGUUUGAACGACAGCAAGAGUAAAAGCUGCGAAAACCUGCAUGUGCUGUAAAAGGAGGAUCGCGACAGGUGUUGUGACGAAAUGGAGAUUCAUGGCUUCAGCUCCGGAUUUCGAUGUUCUACUAUCUGUCGCGUACGCCUUUCUUUUUCUGGGGAUCAUCGUGGUCCUCUGGGUCCUCUGCGCGUGUCGCGCAUUCGUACGGACGUCUGCACGAAGGGUCGGGUGGUAGUAAUUGAUUCGCAAAAGUAAUGCAUCCUGAGAGUCACCCGAGGAUGAAAUUUGCGCGAAAUAAGAUUAGCAGGAGAGACGUUCACCAGAUGAGCGACAUAAUGGGGAAUGUAACUUAAUAGCUUUACGUUUUUCCCUAUAUGAACGGCAGAAGUUAUUUCAAUCGGGAGUGAUUUUCCGAAGAAUUUUAAGGUUGCUAAAAUUCCCUACGUUUUCACGUUUAACGUUCCGCUUUUUCCUUAGUUUCUUGCGAGAUUGGAAGAACCUUCGAAGAAUAAAUUCCUCAAUUAUUACGAUAUUACGUAAAGCUUCUCGAUUCAGUCGGUAUUUUCGUUCUCGAUUUGGCUAUCACGCGGCAGUUUUCGAGAGUGGAUUAACCCUGCAAACGGGGAACUAUCUGUAUGCGGUGCAUUUUGCGAGUACCGUGUGCGUUGAGAGACGGAAACUCGGUUGCAGCGAUUUAUACUCUGGCGCAGAAGCGGAAGUCAGUUUCCAAUAUCCGGUUGAAUUCGAUGCCAUACUCGAGGGCAAUUCUGCAAAAUAUAUCAAUCUCCUUCGAAGAGCCAUGCGAGUGUAAUGGACUAAUAUAUAUUAUAUAUUUAGUCCAUUACACUAUAUUAUAACUAAUAUAUAUUAUAUAAUAUAUAAUAUGUAUUAGUUAUAAUAUAUCAUAUAUAAUAUAAUAAUAUAAGUCGGUAAUAUCAAAACACGUAUCAUUCGUCACUUCACGAAACUACAAACGUAAACGUACCUCAGCGUUACGGAUAUCUCCCCAAAUCUGGUCUAUUUUUAUAAAUAUAUAAUAUGUAUAUGCUCGUUCUUUACCUGUAUAAUGAUCUGUCAUCUACGGCGUGGAUUUUUAUUGUAUAAGAACAUUUCUGUGUCUAUGUGCACGGGGGAAACGUUUUUUGUAAUACAUCGACGAUUACAAAAUACUUCUAUUUGUGAACUUCUGUAACACGCUCGAUAUACGACUGUGUAAUUUGCAUGAAUGUAUAAUUUGUAUAUUUGUCAAAAUUAAUAUCGAACACAGGAUUAAAGUCAAAACCGCGAUAUCACAUAAUAUAGGAUGUCCCAGAAUAAUCACACGUAGAAUGCACUAGGGGGUUCUUAGUACCAAACGAAGCGAUUUUUAUUUACCAAAAUUCCGUUCGAAUAAUAAUUUUAAAAUGAGCUAUUUAAGGUUGUCGAAUUAGUGUACCACUCAGCAUGCGGUUAUUCUGGAACAUCUUACGUAAACAUUGUGAGUAUGUAUUAAUGAUCGCAGAUAAACGGCCAAUUUUGGCAGGUGAAAUUGAAAAGCUGCGACGGUCAGAAGACAUGAGAGCUUUGGUAGAUUGGUCGUCUGUUUAUCUGCGAUCUAAGUAAAUCUUUGUAACGUUUAUGCUGUAAAAUAUUUCAUAUCGAAGAAAAUAUUAUAUUUAUGUUUCGUUAAGAAAGCGUAUAAUUAUUUAAUUGCA